AUGAAGUAUAUACUAAUUAUCAAAGAAGAGAGGAAAAUUAGUGGGGCAACAUUGUCAACCAAAGUUACAAUAGUGUUGAUAUCAUACCUUGUAAUAAGUUUUACUAUUACUACAACAUUAUUAGCAAGGAUGAUGGUCCCUUCACUAUCAACUUCUAUAUCAUCUCCUUCUUUUUUUAAGAACCGAGAAGGAGAAAAUGAUGACGAUCAAGAACAACAACAACAACUACAAGAUGGCGAUCAAGAAGAUAAUGUAAAUAAUAAUAUUAAUAAUAAUAAUAAUAAUGUUGAAGGAGGAGUUGAUGAUGGUCAAGGAACAGUACCAAACUUUGGUGAUUUAAGUGAUUUGCUUAUUCCAUCACUAAAUAUACCAGAACUACUUGAUGAAUUGAAUCAACAUUCAGAUACUUGUUCGAAUCAUUCAUUGCAACAACAACAACAGAAUAUACUUUCAACAAGUACCAAUAGUAAUAAAUCAACAAAUUCUAUUGGUAGUGCAGGCAAGAGAUCGUUGGGAUAUCAAAUCUACCGAACCUUUCCAUACAGAGGUAGUCUACCAUCACCAUUGAUGCAAAUCAUCAAUCAGUUGGGUGACGAAGGUGGAGCACCUGCUAGAGAAGAGGGAGGUGGUGGUGAAGAAAAGACCAAACCAAAACCAUGCUCAACCAAUGCACUCCGUCACAGUCGUCAAUACAAGGGACUGCAACUCAACCUGCCUCCAUCCGAUGUCAACACGAUCGACAUUAUCACCAACCCAUCGAGAAAGAGUCAAGAACUCAAGGCACUCUCGCCAAGAUCAGGUGGCCAAGUACUCGACUCGUCGUUUUUCCAACCACCUCCUCUUGAAAGAAAUAUAAAUGCUAGUAUGGAGGCUGAAUUUGAUGAUCAAAGUAUUAGAGGUUCGGUAUCAUACGAGAUGCCAAGCAACGGAAGUAUUAGUAUUACCAACAGCAGUAAUAAUAUUGCUACAAGUAGUAGUGAAGCAACUGAACUACGUGAAUCCUCAUCAAAAUCAAAAUGGAGUGAAUUGGUUCAAAGUUUAGAACCUCAACAAAAACUUCAAGAGGAAUCAUCAUUAUCAUCAUUGUCAUUGGAUUCAUUAAAGAAUCUAGAUUUGGAUGGUAUAUCUUUGGAAUUCAAGGAAGAGAGUGCAAUGAAUGGUAGUCUUGGUAGAUUGGAUUUUGAUCAAAAUGCUUUAUCAUCCAUAUCAAUGGAUCUACUCGAAGAACCAUCAUCAUCAUCUCUUAAAAGUACUACAACCAUUAAUAGUGAUCAAGUAGGAGGAGGAGAAGAAGAAGAAGAAAAAGAAAAAGAAAAAGAAAAAGACAACAUGAAUAAUACGAGUAUAAACAACUCACCACCUGUACAAUCUAAUAAUAAUAAUAAUGAAAACAACCAAUCUACAACUACAUCACCACCCUUAUUUAUUGAUUCGCGAACCAAUGCCUAUAGAAUUAAAGGUCAAUUGGAAAUGUCUGGAGACACAAACCUAACCAAAAAGAAACCAGGACUCUCACGUACCAUCACUUUUGCCGAUUCAGAGUCUAUUCAUCACUUUUUUGGCGAUCCAACCGUACCACAAAAACCAUAUGAACCAAAACAACUACAACAACAACCUCCAACGGUCAGUGAAAGAGAUAGACCUGGUAGAAUCAGUCUUUCAUCGUUGUUUCCAAGAUUACCAUUCAAUAGUAAUAAUAAUCCAACUUCUCUUCCAAGUCACUCCAAUGCGCCAUCCAAGUUUUACUAUCCACUAUUGCAACCACAACCAACUACUCUAAUCAGAGGAUUUGCCAGUAAAGCAGAUACCAAUAUUAGAGGUCUAAAAAGAGCUAAAAAGAAUCUAGACAUGGAAGAUGAAUGGUUAACAAUGCAUCCAUUUGGUGAUGAUCCUCAAAUGGCCUUAUUUGCCAUUUUUGAUGGUCACUCUGGUAAAAAUUGUGCUGUUGCUGCUAAAGAAAUCUUACCAAAUGUAUUAUUAAAAUAUAUUCAAACAGCAAAAAAAGAAUGUGGAGGUAAAAACAUUUAUGAUAUGAGAGGAGUAUUCCUAAGUACAUUUAAAGAAACCGAUGCUCUUUUAUCAAAAUAUGAAUAUGAAGGAGCAACAGCAACCAUUGUUUUGAUAUGGAGAGUUGGAGAACAAAGAUUUUUACAAUCUGCCAAUGUUGGUGAUUCCUCUGCUUUUCUUAGUUAUGCAGGUGAAACCUUGACAUUAACCAAGGAUCAUAGACUAUCUGAUCCAGAGGAACAACAAAGAAUCAGAGAUGAUGGAAUCGAAUUGGGUGAAAACCAAACAAGAAUCAAUGGUCUCAUGGUUAGUAGAGCUUUGGGUGAUCACUUUAUCAAACAUUUAAAUUGUGGUUUAUCUGGUUCUCCAACUAUUUCACCCCCAAUUUCCCUUACUCCUUUCCAUUCUCAUUUAAUUGUUGCAUCUGAUGGUUUGUGGGAUGUUAUUUCAGGUAAUAGAGCAUUGGAAAUGAUAAAGACAGAACAAACUGAAGAGAAAAUGGCCAGUUUAUUACUUCAAUGUGCAUUAAAAUCGAUUAAAUCUAAAGAUAAUAUUUCAAUCAUUGUGAUUAUUUGUUAUACACAUAAUUUCAGAAUGUCCAAGGAUCAAAAACAAGACCCAGUCUUCAACUUUAUCAAGGAUUCCUUGAUUGGUGGUACCGCCGGUGGUGUUUCCAAGACCAUUGUCGCCCCAAUUGAACGUGUCAAGCUCCUCCUCCAAGUUCAAGCUGCCUCCACCCAAAUUGCCGCUGACAAGCAAUACAAGGGUAUCAUCGAUUGUUUCAGCAGAGUCUCAAAGGAACAAGGUGUCAUGUCUUUAUGGAGAGGAAAUCUUGCCAACAUCAUCAGAUACUUCCCAACCCAAGCCUUGAACUUUGCCUUCAAGGACAGAUACAAGAAGUUCUUCGUCAGAUGGUCUCCCAAGCAAGACCCAUUCAAGUUCUUUGUUGGUAACUUGUUCUCUGGUGGUGCUGCUGGUGCUACUUCCCUCCUCUUUGUUUACCCACUCGAUUUCGCCCGUACUCGUCUCGGUGCUGAUGUUGGUGUUGGUGGUCAACGUCAAUUCACUGGUUUGGGUAACUGUAUCUCAACCAUCUACAAGCGUGACGGUUUGAUUGGUUUGUACAGAGGUUUUGGUGUCUCUGUCGGAGGUAUCUUUGUAUACCGUGCUGCUUUCUUUGGUGGUUAUGAUACUGCCAAGGGUAUCCUCAUCGACGAUCCAAAGAACGCCACUUUCUGGCAAAACUGGGCUAUCGCCCAAGUUGUCACCACCAUUGCUGGUGUCGUCUCAUACCCAUUCGAUACUGUUAGACGUAGAAUGAUGAUGCAAGCCGGUCGUGCUGACAUUCUCUACUCUAGCACCUGGGACUGUUGGGUAAAGAUUGCCAAGAAUGAAGGUCCAUCUGCUUUCUUCAAGGGUGCCCUCUCCAACGCCAUCCGUGGUUCUGGUGGUGCCCUCGUUUUAGUAAUUUAUGACGAAAUGCAAAAGUUGCUCGGUUUCGAAGGUGGUGUUGGUUCCGAGUAA